AUGAUGUCGAUAAAGAUCGACGCGGCAAAAGUGACACUUUCAGAUGCGCUGGAUGACUUAAAUCAUGUUUAUGACCAGAAAUUCAAUAUCGCUACUAUAGACCUGGGUGCUGCUGUCACUCCACAGACGAUCGUCUUAUCGCUGGAAUAUACUGGCGAGAUCAACGACAAAAUGCGUGGAUUUUAUAGAAGUUCGUACAAAGACGAUUUAAAUCGAGAAAAGUUCCUUGCUUCCACGCAAUUCGAGUCCACCUACGCACGGUAUGCGUUUCCAUGCUUCGACGAGCCCAUCUACAAAGCGACGUUUGAUGUUUCGUUAGUCGUCGAUCCUGGAAUGACUGCGAUAUCCAACAUGCCUUAUAAUGUAGUAUACUUUGAAAAUACCAGUACACUGCAUUAUAGGAAAAUUUGGGUGAAAUUUGAGCGAACUCCGCAAAUGUCAACAUACUUGCUGGCAUUCGUUGUUGGCGAACUUGACUAUAUUCAAACUUCUUCUAAAUAUGGGACAAUCAUACGAGUGUAUACCGUUCCUGGAAAAAGGUGUCAAGGCACUUUUUCUCUAGAUUUGGCUGCAAAAGCCAUAGACUGGUACAGUGACUGGUUCGGUAUAGAAUAUCCGCUGCCAAAAUGUGAUCUCGUCGCUAUUCCUGACUUCAGCAUGGGGGCAAUGGAGAACUGGGGACUGGUGACGUAUCGCGAAGUAGCACUUCUCAUCGAUCCGUCGAAGUCUUCCACACGACAGAAAUCCCGUGUAGCUCUCGUUGUUGCUCAUGAACUUGCUCAUUUCUGGUUCGGCAAUCUAGUGACCAUGAAAUGGUGGACUGAUCUGUGGUUGAAAGAAGGGUUUGCGUCAUUCAUGGAAUAUCUCUUCGUAGGCUAUAUGUGCCCAGAAUUCAAGAUCUGGGAGCACUUUGUUAAUGAUGAAUUGGCUCAGGGUUUCAAUCUAGAUGCUUUACGGAACAGCCAUCCUAUCGAGGGAAAAAAUCCUUGUGAAUUGGAAGAAAUUUAUGAUAAAAUUACAUACGCUAAGUCGAAUGCCAUCAACCGAAUGUUGUUUCACUACCUUGGUGAACAAACCUUUCAAGCUGGUUUGCGACUGUACUUGAAGAAGUUCCAAUAUGACAAUGCUGUUACUUUGGACUUGUGGGAUGCCUUACAUGAAGCUUCUGGUCAGGAUGUCGCAAAAAUGAUGUCCGGUUGGACGAAACAGAUGGGUUAUCCUGUAAUCACUGUAAAAGAACGUCAACAAGGAACCAAUAGGAUUCUUACCCUUUCUCAAAGACGAUUCAUCGCCGAUGGUGGGGAAGAUUUAGAAGAUUCACUGUGGCAGGUACCAAUUAAUGUGUGCGUUGCUUCAAAUCCUGCCGAAAUAGCUGGAAAGUUUCUCAUGGUUGACCGUGAGCAAGAAAUCGAAGUGCCAAAUGUUACAGAAAGAGAAUGGAUAAAGUUGAAUGCUGGAGCCGCUGGUUUCUAUCGGGUGGAGUACAGCUCCGACAUGAUAAAAGCAAUGAUUUCGGAUAUGUCAAGUGGGAAGAUGCUUCUCCUUGAUCGUUUUUCGAUAGUAAACGAUCUGUUUGCUCUUGUGACAGGACGUACUCGUAUGUCUGAUUUUCUUUCUGUCUUGGCUGCUCUUCAUAAUGAGGAAGAGUAUAUUGUUUGGCAAUCCUUGGCUGAAGGAAUUGAUAAUAUUUCAAAUGUAUUGGAUUAUAAUCCUCACCAAGUAUUCCUAAAUCUUCCAGACUCUCAACGCGGAAUUCUCAGAGCUGUGGUACAUGGGCGUCUCAUGAGGGCUGGUCACGGUGAAACCAUCGCCAGAGCGGCCACACUAUUUGCAGAUCACGUGAAAUCAAAACGGCCGUUGCACCCAGACCUUCGACUUUGUGUUUGUAGAUUUACAUUUGUGCGCAACGGUGGUGAAGAAGCGUACGAUCAAUUGAUACAUAUAUUCGAGGUGGUAGGGUUUCCGGAGGUUGAAAGGAACUGCAUCACGGCACUCGCUCAAUCUAGGGACCCGAAGCUACUAAAUAUUUUUAAACAAUCACUGGGUUUAUUUAACAAGAAUACUGUUAGCAGAGUAGGGCAGGAAUUCCUUUGGAACUACUUUAAAGAAAACAUGUCUAUCUUAGCUACAAAGUUCGGUGGCGUUGGAUCUUGUCUUUUCCAGGUAAAGUUUUUUUUCACAGUUUUUACUAACUUUUUCUGUCAAAACCUUAACUCACAAGAACUUCAAAUACUGAAUCGUCCCAUCAAGCAGGUUAUGUUUUUAGACCAAAAAACGAUUAUUGUGAAGUUGUAA